AUGACGACCAUAACGUCUGCGGUCUCACUUCCUUUGCAGCUAACUGUUGCUUGCAUCAAAAUGGGACGACCAGAGAUUGCUGAAAGAGCCAUCAAGACUGCAGAGAAACGCAUUUCGAAAGACAAGUGGCCGGAAUAUUAUGACACGAAGAAAGCAAGGUUCAUAGGGAAGCAAGCGCGGCUAUUCCAGACAUGGUCUAUUGCAGGAUAUCUCGUCUCGAAGCUUCUACUCUCCAAUCCUAACACGGCCAAAAUGUUGACUACCGAAGAGGACUCUGAGCUCGUCAAUGCCUUCUCGUGUGCGGUCAGCAGCUCGAGCCCAAGGAGGAAACGCGGUCCGAAGAGUUCCCAGAACAAGAAGUCUUAUAUAAUUUGA